AUGGCGGGGGUGGAUUUGCGGCACAUACUCUUGGAUUUGCUGCCGUCGUCUGUUAUGACGGAGCGAUGUCGAGAGCUAGGUAUCCAACAUCAUCUUGAGAAGUUUAUUCCUGACCUUUGGGCCAUCAGUGCAGUCAUUCGAGACGCGAUGAUACGGGCGGGGCCGCAGCCGGACGUGGAGAUGUGGAUGGCGGAUGCGGGUGCAGCCAUUGCGGACGUCCACAACCUGCUUGACCGGAUCUUGGAGUGGCCGGGGAGGGCAGCGGCACCGCCGAAUCCCUUGUUGCGCUCCUUCCUCAGCAUCCGAGUGGCUUUUCGUCUUUCUAUUCCGCAGGAGCUCAAGGAGAUGGGGCUCAGGUUGAAGGAGCUCGUCCUUUGGGGGUCUGCCUUGGACCUCCGGAAGGAGAUGAUGGAUGCCAUGGAUCCAUGCGAUGAAGAGUACUCCUUUGUCCUAGGAGACGAAGUGGUGGGAAGAGAUGAGGACAGAGAUAAUAUUAUAGAGAUCCUUCAGCAGAAUCAAUCAUCCAGCAACAACGGUGAGCCCUUCGUCAUUGUCAUCCAUGAUGAAUGGUCGUUUGGAUCAUUAUUAUCCAUGGGGAAGACAACCCUGGGUCGGAUGAUUUACCACCACCCCUGGGUGCGCCAACAUUUCCAUCAUCGAAUCUGGGUGGACGUUUCCAUCGACUUAUCUUUCGAUCAACUAAGCAUCGGGAGAGAAUUUGCAAGGUCUAUCACGGGAGACUCGUGCGACCAUCUGCAAUCGCACCAAGCUAUCUGGCUACUCGUGAAUGAACGGCUCGGCCAAAGAAGAUACUUGCUCAUCUUGAAUGAAGUAUACUAUGAUUAUACGGAAGAGGGGUUUGAAAGACAAGUGGGAUCAACUAAAGCACAACCUAUUGCAUGUGGGUGGAAUCGGCAGUACAGUGAUCAUCACCACCAAAAGGGCUUCCGAAUUUAG